GGAGGCGGGCCCAGGGCGACGCAGCCGCGGCCGCUAGCGAUCUGGGCUGGAGAUAGUGGCGGUCGCCGCAGCGGCGGCGCGAAGGCGGCGGGCAUGGUGGGACGGGAGAAGGAGCUCGCCAUCCACUUUGUUCCCGGGAACUGCCGGCUCGAAGAGGAGGAAGUGAACAUCCCCAGCAGGCGGGUUCUGGUCACUGGUGCCACUGGGCUUCUUGGCAGAGCUGUGUACAGAGAAUUUAAGCAGAAUAAUUGGCAUGCCUUUGGCUGUGGUUAUAGAAGAGCGAGGCCAAAGUUUGAGCAGGUCAAUCUGUUGGACUCCGAUGCGGUUCGUCACAUUGUUCAUGACGUUCAGCCCCACGUCAUAGUGCAUUGUGCAGCAGAGAGAAGGCCCGAUGUGGUGGAAAAUCAGCCGGAUGCUGCUUCUCGACUUAAUGUGGAUGCUUCUCGGAAUUUAGCAAAGGAAGCAGCUGCAAUCGGAGCAUUUCUAAUCUACAUUAGCUCAGAUUAUGUAUUUGAUGGAACAAAUCCACCUUAUAGGGAGGAAGACAUACCAAGUCCCCUAAACCUGUAUGGCAAAACCAAAUUAGAAGGAGAAAAGGCCGUCCUGGAGAACAAUUUAGGAGCUGCUGUUUUGAGAAUUCCUGUUCUGUAUGGAGAAGUUGAGAAGCUUGAAGAAAGUGCCGUGACUAUUAUGUUUGAUAAAGUGCAGUUCAGCAACAAGUCAGCGAACAUGGACCACUGGCAGCAGAGGUUCCCCACCCAUGUCAAAGAUGUAGCCACCGUGUGUCGUCAGUUAGCCGAGAAGAGAAUGCUGGAUCCGUCAAUUAAGGGAACCUUUCAUUGGUCUGGCAACGAACAGAUGACUAAGUAUGAAAUGGCAUGUGCCAUUGCCGAUGCCUUCAACCUCCCCAGCAGUCACUUAAGACCUAUAACUGACAGUCCAGUCUUAGGAGCACUACGUCCAAGAAAUGCUCAGCUUGACUGCUCCAAAUUAGAGACCUUGGGCAUUGGCCAGCGAACACCAUUUCGAAUUGGAAUCAAAGAAUCACUCUGGCCUUUCCUCAUUGACAAGAGAUGGAGACAAACGGUUUUUCAUUAGUGUAUGUGUGGUCUUUUUUUUUUUUGUAAUCAGAAGUAUAGUAUGUGGCACUUUUUAAAGAAAAGGAAAUAGUUUUGUAUGAGUGCUCUUUAAUUGUGACUCAUGAUCUUUCAGGUAAAUGAUGCUCUUGCGCUAGUGAAAUGGUCUAAAGAAACUAAGGGCAAUAAUGCCUUGUUUCGGAAGUAACAGUUUUUCUGUUUAUCAUUUUGUUUGUUCUGGCUUAACUCGCUGUUUGCGUAUAGUAAAUUAUGAUUCUGAAAUAUUUGAGAGCCAAGUUGAAACAGAUCUGCUGUAGACUUGUUUUUUGGAUGAAAUGCAUCGUUCAUUCCUAUAAGCUCUACAUUUUCAUGACUUUUGCAACUGUUGACCCUUUUAUGUUUUAAAGUGUUAAAUAGUAUGAAAAUCAUUGGUGUUCAUUAUUUGCUUUGCCUGAGCUCAGAUCAAAAUGUUUGAAGAAAGAUACUUUAUUUUUGCAACUUAAGUGAGGUUUUUAUGCUCGAGAUCUUUCGAUGUGUUAUGUAUAUUGGAACUCCUGCAGCUUCGCGCCUCCUGCUUUUGUAGCAGUGUAUGGUGAGCACUUGAGAGAGGAGAGGAUGUGUGUAUGUGUAUUUUUUUAAUAUAUAUAUAAAACUGUCCUUUUCACUCCAUGUCACACUAAGUGAUAUUUCAUAUGUGUGGUUAUACUAAUAAUUGGCCUUGUAAGUCUUUUGACCAUUCAUGAAUAAUAAUAAUAAAUACGUACUGCUGGCAUGGUAA